AUGGCUCUGCCUGACAUGGCCUCGACCUCGCAGCUUCCCAAGGAGCAAACUCGCAAACGAAAGCAUUCCGAAGGUUCAGCCAAAGAAGAAAGAAAGAAGGAGAGGCGCAGCGACAAAUCUAGCUCCAACACAUCACACCGAUCGCAAGCUGUACCAGAUGAAGAUAUACGAAAGGCAGGAUACUUGAAUAAUGGAGAGUGUGUGCCCACGGAUCACGCCGUGGUGAAUGUUGGAAAAGAUGCGAGCCGGAAACUUGGGCCUGUCUUAGGUAAGUAGGCAAAGAGGCGCUGUCGAUCAUUCAACAAGAGAAUGCCGUUCGAUGAGGCUGAACACUAAGUGACCUCCUACGAACAAUAGCAAUGUUCUCCGAUUACGAACCUCCACCCUCAACGAGCUUCGCGAUGUAUGCAGCUGCUGCGCCCGAUGAUAAGUCACCUUCAGGGACGACGCUGUCCAACAGACUGAUGCUCACCGGUGAGACCGACACCAUGUCGUAUGUUGGAACCAAUUGGAUCUCCUCUGCUGCCGCUCCAGAGAAUAGCGAUGAGGAUCGCUUAUCGGCGAGGGGCUACAGCGGCGAGUGAGUUUUGCGCUGUAGAUCUGUCCUGCGAUUUCUCUGCUCACGCAAAACUCGCUUUUGAAGAUUCUUGGUUGGCAUCUACGAUCCUGCAACUUCCACGGUGACUCUGCGCGUAGCACCAGCUUUCGUAGUUCGGCGAAGGAUCAAGGCACUAGCCGAACAGUCUCUAGCCAUCUCUUCUGUGCUGGAUGGAGACGGUGCGCAGGACUACGCGGCUCGCAUGUUAGCGAGAAGAGAUUUGGGCGAAGCUUUCGGUAACAGGAAGACGAAACUCAAAGCUAGAAAUGAUGACCGGAUGAAGGUCAAUACGGAGAACAUGACCGAUAUCAUGACGACCAUGCGGGAGGGCAUUGAAACUAGCUCCAAACAUAUGGACAGCGCUGGUGAGUGCCCGAAUCAGUCUGCCACAUAUUGCAUUUGACCAGUCUGACGUCUCGCGCUUCGCGUUCUUGGUUCCCUCACGCAGAUGCCGUGGAGGCAGCAGCUAAGGCCGCACAAGCCAUACCUCCGCACAACGAGCACGCAGAGAAUCCUAGAGAGGCGUACGCUAUUGGAGAUUUGGUUCCUUCGAGCAUACUCAAGGCUAUCGACAUCACAAAUCUUUUGCUCGCUUCGUCUCCUGAGGCGGUCAAGCAAGGACUUCCGGUAGGCGGUCCUGCGAAGAGCAAAUGGCUCGUCGGCAAAGCUUGGGAAGCGAUUCAACAAGUGAACCAUGGAAGCAGUGUCGCAGCGCCAGUUGGCAUCCUAAAGACCUCGACUGGUGGAUCAGUCAAGGACGACGGCAAGCUUCGCUUGACGCUUUGCUUAUACGCAGCUAUGCUCUGGAAGCUGCACGACGAAAAGAUGAAUGUUGGGCGACCGAAUGAUAGACAGAAGCUGCUCGAAAAGCUCAAGGUGGACGAGAACAAGCAUGGCAGAAUGAUCUUUGCCCACCUGAUGGAUACUUUUGCCGAAAAGAUGAGGAGCACGCAUAGGUACAACGUCACACCCUUCACGGAGACCAAAUGCUUGGCUUACUUUGCUGCCAUUACGCUGCACAUCAACAACUUUUCGGUCGAUGUCAAGGAGCUCGCCAAGGACAUGGGUAUCGAGAGCCGGAGGUGAGUCACUCUCUUUCUUGCGCAUAAGCUCUAUGCGCACAUGACUCAUGGUGAUGCUACUUGCUGUUCAGGCUUGGCGACGUGUACAAGUCCCUCGGUUGCACACCUUCCUCCGCAUCUGUUCGGAGCUCGAACGGCGAGAAGGCCAUCAAGGAGUCGCGCCUAGUCCUCAAGUGUCCCUUUACAAUUCCCAAACCUCGUCGAGGUCCUGCCAAGCGCUAA